AUGAGCGACAAAUCCAAAACCUACCAAAAUGCCUUCCAAAUAUUCAAGGAAAGGUAUUCCAAAAAGUUAAAGAAAGAUAAGACAUUAACUCAAAAUGACAUCGAUGAUUUAGUCCUCCAAAAAUGGAAAUUCCUGCCAGAUGAUCAAAGAGAACCAUACAAAAAACGAUUUGAAAAAACUAAAGUCAAAUUAACUCAACAGGAAGAAUAAACAAAUAAUUCAGACGAAGAAAAACAACCAUCAAAAAAAGUUAAACAAUGA